AUGCCACCAGCCAAGAAAGCCGCCGGGAAAGGAGGAAAGGGAAAGGCAAACGACACGGGCGAUGCGAAAGAAACAAAAGUGAAAGGAGCCCAGCAGAUUAAUGUUCGACAUAUACUCUGUUCCAAACAUAGUAAAAUGACGGAAGCUCUCCAAAAAUUAGAGGCGGGCGCAAGCUUUGAUAGUGUGGCUCGGGAGAUGUCUGAAGAUAAGGCGAGAGCCGGAGGUGCAUUGGGAUGGAAGGGGAGGGGAGAUUUAGAUGCUGAGUUUGAAAAAGUGGCUUUUGAAAUGGAAGCCAGUACUACGGCGAAGCCAAAGUAUAGAGAAGUGAAGACAGGGUUUGGCUAUCAUAUUCUUAUGGUUGAAGGGAGGAAGUAG